AUGGGCGUCCUAAAACUGAAAAAUGACAGGAAGAAGAGGGAAAAGGCGAAGGAGACCAAAAUAGAUUAUGCAAAAUGUUUAAAAAGAACAAAAAUUAAGGAGAAAAUAAUUCGGAAGGACGCCGAAAACGAAUUCGAUCUGUCUAUAUUCGCCAAAACAGAUCAUGCAUCGAAUAAAAUACGACAGCUGAAUUAUGCCAAACUAAUUAAAGCGAUAAGGAAAAACAAAAAUUUAAUUGCAAACCAUGUGCAAAAAAUUUUGGAGAUUUACGGAAAGGGCAUUAUAGAUGACGAUGAAAAUGUGCGUAAUUAUUCCUCCAAAAUAUUUUACCACUUGGUGAAUAGCCACAUCGGUUUUGACGUGUUCCACAGCAAGAUUAAAACUUGCUUGUUUCACUCGCUGAAGAUAGGAAGAGUCCCUCUGAAGGUGCUAAACCUGGAGCUGUGUUACAGCUUUUUUUUUACGAAGAUUCACUACUGCCAUAACUUCUUUUAUGAAUUCUUGAGCAACAUUUUGGGGUGCUUCGUUACGCUUCCCAUUGAGAAGCAGGUGACAACGGUGAAGUAUUUCUUCCUCUUGUUCAAGCACAAAUGGAGGUUCAAGCGGGGGGGGAGGGGCCUCCCCAGUGGGGUGAAGCAACAGGGAAGAAAUGCUUCCUUGAAAGAGACACCCAUUGACAUAGUGGAGAAGGGGGGUCCUUUCCAUGGAGAAGAAGUCCCAAUUGACGAAUCGCAGGGAGACCCGGACAACGGCUACGAAUUCAUAACCCGCACGAACAGGCGAAACAGCUGUAACGACCCCUUCCUGCUGAAGAAGGAGAAAAAGACGAGCAUUCAGGUGGCUACCAAGAUGGAGAUCUACACAAAAGUACUGCAAUGUCUGUAUAACUUUAUGGAUGAAGUGGUGUACAAUUCGAUCAGCGUAGAUUUGAUUCACCUCUACACGAAGAUUUUAAAAGUAAUAACUUUUAUGAUGAAGAAGAAAAAAAAAACAAUGUUGAAGCAAGAAAUGAUGAUCCUAGUUAACAAUUUUUUUCACAGAGCAAUGGGGGUGAUUAACGAACAUGCAGAUGAGUUACGUAGCUCCAAAAAGAUAUUGAACAUGAUUUUCUACUUCGUCCUCUUGGUUUUGUCAAUGUGUGGGAAAGAGAUGAACCACUUUGAGGAUGCCAAUAGGAAGGUUCAAAUAAACUACGUAGGGUUAGUAAAGUAUUGCCUCUCCAUUUACUUCUACACCCACUUACGAUGUGAAUUUUUUAUCGUAAAAAGUACGGAGCAGCAAAAAAGCGGAGGCGCCCAAAACGGGGAUAUAAAAAGAGCAGAUCCGUUUAAUCAGAGUAAAGGAAGAAGUCACACAAAGGGAAGCAGCCAUGUAGUCAACAAUUUGUCCGAUGGGGAAAGGAAGAAUGGGACACACAAGAACGUGGAGAAGUACGCAAGGAAAUACUUUCACCUGUUAAUAUUCCUGUAUGAAAUGUUUAUUCACCGAAAGGAUAAGAGAACGGUGUGGCAAGAUGGAGCGUCCCAUGAAGGGAAAACAAGCGGGAACAACAGCAACCAGAAGGAGAAAAGCAACAGCAGUAAUAUUGCCUAUAGCCAUGCCGAAAGGAUAAUCAAAUUGGUGGAAAAAGAAGUACACAUUUAUGAGAAUAGCGGAGAAGUCUCACUUCUAUGUGGAUUCGUCUUAAAAUAUUUGAGGAACUUUUCGCAAAGCAGUAUUGACCAGAUGGAUCACUUUUGCUACUUUAUAAUUAUCCUCGCGCAGCAGGCAAAUGGGGGGGUGAAUCAACCCGAUUAUGAAACAUCACGUGUGGGGGAAACACUCUCGACUUCUCCAGAGGAAAAAACACAAGGGAAUAGCAACCAGCGGAGACGUGCAGAUCACUUGGAUGAGGGAGGCUCCCAAAACAGGAGGUCAUCAUUUCCAUUCUUAACCACCCCAUUCAUGUUCGUACUUUUAGCAGACUGUGAGUGCUUCAUAAAUAGUAACUUCUUCGACACGUUUUUCGAAACAUUUAAUGUAGAAGAGAGGAUUAGAGCAAUGGAAGCGAUUUCGUUUGUGCAGAAUGGAGGAAGUACGAUCAACAUAGUUACAAGACAGACUUUUGAUUGUUUUGUUGGAAAAUUAUUUUCCAUUUUGUACAGUUAUGACAACGCCGUUUUUGUGAAUAACUGCCUUUUUAUCCUUUCUUUCCUAAGUGUAAAUAAGCGCAAGGUGAAGAAGCCAUACGGGGAUUUUAACCAUUGCAUUGCCACCAGGCUGGAAAUGGAACAGCUGCUUCGCGUCGAUGUAAGGACCCACUUGGAUGAUGUGAUGAAGGAUAAGGGAGAGAUACUGAUUGAUCACUUUUUAAGCAAAAAUAGACACAUGAUCCACUCCUUUGAGAUAAUUUCUAAUCUGUAUUUUGUGUACGAAAAUAGGAGUAGAAGAUUGCUCUUGUUCAUUUAUUUCUUGAUUUUAAAAUUUGAAAAGGAGGGGAGUACCUUGACCUUCGCCCUGGGGGAGGAAGAAGCCAUGGUUCUUCUGGACCGUGUUUUUCGUACCCCAUUUCGGAAUGACUACACAUCUGUAGUAAACGUUGAGCGUAGCUCCUUCCCUUUGAUUGGUGUCUCCGCCGAACCAGAUCUCCAGGGCGAUUCGGAGAUGAAUCAAGAUGAGGAGAACACAGAAGAAGGUACUCCUCUCUAUUUUCUGGAAAGAAAAUGCACAUUUAGGAUAAACAAGGAUUAUCUAUAUAGGGAAGAUUUUUUACUUUUUUUUCUCCAGAUGAGCUUAUCCGAAUGGGAUUUUAUCGUCCGAAAUGACAUAUACACGGUUAUGCAUGUGAAUUGUUCAAACGGAGGUGGACACACAAGCGUUGCGGACUUCUCAGGUGGAGAGAAACAUGCCAACGUCAUUUUGAUUAUAAAACGAAUGGCAUUCAUAAUUUCGAAUGUUAACAUAUGCAUUGAGAAUGGGGAGAAGAAUCUGAAUAACUCCCUUUUCAUAAUGGAUUACUUAUUUGGGGUAAUCGACCGGUUGGGGUUGACUGGUCCCCCCCUGGCAGGGAGCUCAAACGAUUGCGAUAGAUUGUUCGUACUGGUUAAAGUGGCUUUUCUGUUUUAUUUCGCAUCUCAUUAUUUGUUCCCCUCCUUGUUGUCCGAAAGGAGGGGAAGCUUCCCUCCGGAGGGGGGAGCAAUCGAUGCGGGGAAGAAUCGCAGGGGAAGAGGAGUUACUGCCAUUAUGCCCUCUACCAAGGAGGGCGAAGCGGAUUUACAAGCUGAUGCAACGGUUGGAUGGGAGCAUAUCUACUACGACCACAGCGCAGAUAUAACGGUUGAUGUUCCUACUUUUGUCGCGUUUGUGAAGGAAACUCUUUCGAAAAGUGGCAACAAGGAAGAAGAAUCCCAAUUGGAUAAGUUCGCAUAUGUGAUGCCGCACUGCCAAAUGGCCUGUAGAUUUUUUGAUGUCCUAUUUGAGCAUGGCAUUAUGUACACAAGCAGCGUGAAUGAGGACCUUCAAGAAAUGAUUAACGUGAACUUGGAAUAUAAUCUGAGCACCCACGUAGAAUUUCAAAAUAUGCUUACCAAAAUUGAGAGCAGCAUAACCAUCGUUAGUUUCAAGAGCAUUGUAGAUGCCCCCGUGAUGGGAAUCAUCAAAUUGUUGGCAAUCACCAUUUUUAAGAUGUCACUCAACAGAAACAUUUUGUAUGCCCGGUUGGUUAACAAUUCGGACUGCAUUCCGAAUGAGUACCUUUACGAUUUAACCUUUUUCUUUUUUUUCCAUCAUUUCGUGUCAUGGUUGAUUCAAAGAGUUAGGAGCUUGUCUGAUGGUCCCUUCUCCCUGCGAAGUUACUACUCCAUCUCGUUCGUAAUAGAUACCCUUCUAUGCACGUAUUGCAUCAUGGAGGAAGUCGCGAAGACGAUGGAGAUGACACCCUGUCGGGCCGCGUCAGAAGAUGCGAAAAAUGAAGAAUAUGAGGCAAAUGAAGCAGAUAAGGCAAAUAAGGAAGAUACGGCGAAUAGGGCAAAUAAUCCAGAUGGCCCAGAUGUGAUAGGCGAACCCCCACUUGCAGCAGCAAAAGGGAGCCUGCAAAUACUCAAUGAACGACUCAGGUACAUACUGAACGAGAUGCCGCAAAAGGAAAAGAGAUACCUUUUUCCCCGAGUCACGUUGCUAGUAGAAAAGUAUCUCUAA